GAAAUGAACCUAUUUCCGACACAAUUGUCCAAGUGGUUCGAUGCUUCAUUCAAAGCUUCAUUUUGCCAUCACUACCCAUUACUUAAACCACCCAUAGCUAAGAGCUUUAGGGUGUAUAUUAUCUCAUUUAUUGUAAUGUGCUGCUUGUGUCUUAUCUCUGCAGUCUUUCUAAAUGCAUCUGAGAAGUAAUGGCCUCCUGCAGGAGCUGCAGAUGUAGGUCAGUGGGUGUUGCCAUUUUUAGCCUGCAGGUUGUUAGCAACACUACAGCCACAUCAUCUGAUGUAAUCUCUUCCCGUCUAGUGGGGUUUAUCCAACACUAGAUAUAUCAUUUCCUCUUGAAAUGCAAACUUUAGCAAUCGUGAAUCUAAGUAACCAGGCAGAAGCAUUGAUGUAGUUUUAAACCAUAUUUUAAAUGUAAGCAAUAUGUUCCCUCUGAACUGUACAUGCUAGCGAGGAAAUCUCUACAUAAUACGAAUAAUCGGUGUUGUAGCAAGUGCCAAAUGAAGGAUUCAUCAGAUAAAGUAAACACCCAGGCGAGAUUUAACCAUGAAUUUAAAGAGCCACAAACAAAAUAAUCCAGGUUUGCGGGUUAGCUGCCAGCUGUUAAACGGCUAACAUACAGAUGAUUUAACUCCAAGUAACGUCAACAAAUGAGCAGGAUUAUCAACAGAGCUGGCACUCGAGAGGUGGUAAAAAUGGCUAUGUAACUGUCAUCCAAGCUAAAGCAAACUAGCAUGCUAGCGUUAUUUUUACUCACAUAUAAUCCUGUUCUUCAUUAUUUGUCAAAACCACCAUUUUAUUCCUGCACAAACACGGGAAGAAAAACACGCCUUGUAUCCUUACGGACCGUGUAGAAACAAAAAGACGCAAUAACGAGGGAAAGACAAGUUUAAAAGGUGAGUUUGGCAGGGGUUGUUGUGGGAAGAUCGCUUCUCGGCUGCUAGCCUGACAGUGAACUGAAGCUGAAACACAGAGCGGAGGAAAUGAGGAGCUCUCUUACUCUGUCGCUAUAGUUACAUGUUGUAAUGCUUCAAAACAUACAAUCACUUUAACAAUAUCAAUUAUAUUAAAUACAUUUAAAAACAUUUGUAUUUUGUAAACGUGUUUUCCUCCUUCAAUCAUUAUUUGACUAUGUACUUUAAUGUGUUAUUUCUGUAAUGAUAACAUGUAGCCUAUGAACAUUUGUAUCGCGUUACACAAAUAACUGUUAACAAUAUUAUAGCCGUGGCGGUAAACGACAAUCUUUUCCACCUGUUUAUAGGUUUAUACCUGUUACAUUGAAUAUUAUCUUCACGUAAAUACACAAAGGCCUAUUUAUCUCUGCCUGUUUUUUAUUCUAAAUACUUUGAACUUUAGCACAUCUCAGGAUAUGUUUUGCCCUCUCCAGCCUCUCUUUCAUUAUUUUCAACAUUAACAUUGUAUCUAAUUAAAUAAAUAACUACAAAUAGUAUUUAUUUAAACAGUUGUUUGUCUAUGCACCACUAACCAAAGCAAAUGUAUUGUUUGGGACUUUGAUACAAUAAUAAUAACAAAAAACAUUGACUCCCAAAUCACAGAUUAAGGGUGACUGGAGUUUGUGUGCAUGUUACCAUAACAGCCAGUUUUAUAGGCCUGCAACAUCCAAUUGUUCUGUGCUUUUCUUUUCACUGCUGCUAGAGAGAAAAGGAGAGCUGUUCAGUUUGUUGCGUCUGAGAGAAACAAAACACAGCAAAGGUCAUUUCUUUUUAUAUUUAAAAAGCAUUUGCAAGAGAUGUUUGAACCACACCAUUAAAGAUUAUCAAAGGUGUUUUUAUACAACUGUUGGAAUGAUGAGAAAGAAGACAAGGACGAUAAAACUAGAAGAACAUGAACCAGACGCUUUUCCGAUGAUCGUAGGUAAAAUGAAGAUAUCACUUCCCCAGAUGAGAACCGUGACAUCAAAGGAGAAGAUUAAAGUCUCCGCCUCAAACUCGAUCUCAACCAAGGCUACUACAUGUGAGACUUCAGGGAAUAAAAUGAGACUUUGUGUCAACCUGAUGCCUGUCCUGGCUGCAGCCAAGGAGAAUGUGGACGAAGAGAAGAAAGAGAACAGCAGCUGCAUAAAUCAAGAAGACACAGAAACCAGCAGCACAGAUGAGUCAGUGGAACAAACACUUGAUUCUUUCCUGGGAUUACAUUUGGAUACUGAUAUUGAACAAUCAUUAAAUUCUGGCUCUGUGCUGCCACCUGUAACUCAACCUAAAUCUGCUGCUGAGUUUUGUGAGUGUCAGAAGAGAUGCCAUACUCCUCUGCCUCCUAUCAGAUUAUCGGAAAAAACAAGAGGCAUCUCUCCAAACGUCACUACAAAAGACUGCAGAGGCGACGGGUUGGUUAAAGGACAAGAAGCAGACUGCAGGUUCUGGAUGGACAACCCCAUGAUCUCUAAAAGUAGGUCUCCAGAGUUUCGUCUUCCUGACAUCUCCCUGUCCAGCCUGGACACUCUGCUGCAGAUGGUCACACAGAAACUGAAGAGGAAGAGGAGAGGAGGUGAUGAAGGGCCAGCAGAUCAUCUCCUGGUGGCUGUUAGAGAGCAGCACUUGAGAGAAAAAAGCACCACAGGAGACAAACUUGGCCAAUAUGUACGCAUGCAUGGUGGUUUUGAGAAUCUUGUAUUUUACUGUAGCUAUAAUACAAAGGGGGAAUACAGUAGUACAUUACAAGGAUUACAUUUAAGCUACGGCAUUGUUCAUAUUUUAUUUGAAAGUUAAAUUAAAUAUCAUCAAUUUAAGACUGUACACAUAUAAUAGCUAUAACAGAGGUGAACAUAGUGUAAUAUUUUAGUUUUUUACCUAUAGGAUUAUUACCUUAAAUUAUAUACGAAACCUUAUUCAUUUAUUAUGUAUCCUUAAGAGCAUUAACACUCAUUUUAGAGCCCCAUAAUGGUCUAAAUACUACUGGAAUAUAAGCGUGGCAAUAUUGGUAGAUCCAGUGUGUAGAAAACCAUCCAUUACAUUUGGUUUCUCUCUUGUCUUUGAACAGUGAAGCAGUAGCAUCAGUGGGGAGAUGUCGUGUAAACCGAUGAUCCUUCCUCCACUUUUAUCUGCAUCAACACCGAUGCUCAGCCUCACAAUGACGAAGAUAAAU